AACUGAAAAAGAGGUCCUCCCUCACUCACUUUCCCUCUUACUCUCUGACAGCGAGAAGAUAGAGGAGAGGGAAAUAUCGUUGCUUGUCUUUUGGACUGGAAACAAAGAUAACUGCUGCUCCAUUAUCAAUUGAGAUCCAAACCCACUUCCCCCAUUUUUUUUCCUCCUCUUUAACUUUUGAUUCAAUCAUUUCCGCUCUUUCAUCUCUCUCGCUCAGAUUUGAUUAACUUGCAGAACUGACAAAAGGACACUUGGGCCAUCUAUUUCAGCCUUUUUCUAAGGAUUCUCAUGUUUUGUUUGCUGGAUGGUUCUUCAAACUGUUUGGCUUGUGGUUUUCUACCUCAGUUUGUAGUUUUGAUGCUAACUUCAUAGACUAGGAAGUUGCUUUAAUAGCAUUCUGUGCACUAGCUUUUCAAGUUCUUACCGGAAAAAAAAUAAAGGUAAAAUCUUUUUAAGUGCUUUUUGAGACUUGCAACAUAUUAGAGUUGCUUGGGUAAAGUUAAAACCUUUGGGGAUAAGGGAUGUCAUAAUUGGAUCUGCAGUUUUGGUUUCGUUAAUCCAAAUGUCAUGGUGGAUGUUUUUGACCUCCUUCAAAUCCUGGAGGAAGAACAAAUAUUCACUCUUUAUGUCGUAUCCUUAAUGAGGUGAUCUGGAGGGCAUAAUCCACUACUUUAUUUCUGUUUCUCAUUUUGCAUAUUGGCUUUAAUUUUUCUUCUCUAUUGCUAAGAGGGUUUGUUGACAUAAUUUCUGUGGAAUUUGUUCUUUGGUAAUGACUUUCUUGGUUAAGAAGUUGGGCAUGAAUAUUAGAAAGAAGUUUAGAUGAAGAGCAAUCAAAUUUAGUUGUUGAAUGCUGCAAAGACUUCUUUUGCAAAUGAUGUGAAAACGUUGGUAACUGUAUUUGUCAAUGCUGUUUGGUGGGUUUACAUCUGUACUUAUUUAGAAAUUUCUGUUAAGUUUGAGAUCAGGGAAAGGAAUUAAUUUAUGAUUGUUUAGAUCAGUGCUGAAUUACGUUGAUUUUGUGUUUUAUUUAUUCUACAUACUAGUGGUUUCUUCUAUGCACAUAAAUAUCAUAAGACUUGCUUUUGUUUCAUGGGUGUACAUUACACACUUAGUGGAAGAAUCAUUAAUUAUGACAAUUUAGCUUGUUAUCUUAGAGCAUAACAUUUUUCUGAGAGAGUAUUAUUUUAGGUGGUAAUAUGCACUGAGGAAUGGGGGAGUGAUGGCAGUUGCAGAAGCAAGGGCUGCUUGGCAGAGAACGGUUAAUCGCUGCUUGGUCCAAGAAGAUGCUAAGCGAGCUCCUAAAUUAGCUUACUGCCCACUAGCGUCACCCUUUGUCAGAGAGGUUGAAGUGGGACCUGCAAAUGCUGCUGAGGCACAGGACAUUUCCAGUGUAGCUUUCCCCCCUUUCAAUCGGAGCACUUCAUUUUCUAAUUUGUCGCCAAACUCAAAAUGGUGGCUGCAGCUUCCAUCAAAUUAUAGGCAUCAAAGGGGUUUAACAGAUGAACAAUUAAACUGCACAGAUUCAGAAAUGGAAACUUUCCAUGGUCGUACAAGCUCAGCCCUUAAAAUGCCAGAAAGUGAGGAUGGCAGUGCAUUGUUUUAUGACUCGAUAGAGACUGAAUCUUUUGUUGAUUCUGAUUUAAGAAUCCUUAGCACUGGUCUAAAGAAGGAUACUGAAGUCGGAGACAAGGACUUGACACCUAUGAAUAAGCUGAAUCCCCAAUGUUCUCCUAAGCUUGAGGAUGUAGGGGAUUUGUAUGAAAGAGCAGAGAUAGGUACAUAUGGUUGUACAGUUUCCAAGAAAAAAAAUGAACUGUUUCCUGAUUCUGAAUCGCCUUGGAUUGGAGAUGAGAAAAUUGGGCCAUGGUGGCGCACAGCUGACCAAGAUGAACUGGCUUUAUUGGUUUCACGGGGAUCUUUUGGACUUAUUGAAAAUUGUGAUCUUCCCCAGCCUCAGAACACGUGUGUUGAGAGGGAAGCUUUUGUUGAUCUAUGCUGUUUUGAUCAUGAUAGGGCUUGUAUCUCUCCUAUAGAUCCAAAACAUCCUGGAUGUCAUCAUGAUUUAAUUGUCCAUAAGCAGAGUAGCAUUGCAUCGCAAAGUGAUUGUCAAAAACAGCGGUUGUCAGUUGAUGAGCAAUUGCAGUGUUCUACUAUUACAUCAUUAAGAGAUAGCUCAAAUCAAGAUGCUAUACUUAGAAGCAUUGCAUCUGAUAGCGAUUCCAGUAAGGCUCAACUACUGGAAGCUCUGCGCCAUUCUCAAACACGUGCAAGGGAAGCUGAGAAGGCUGCAAAGCAAGCAUAUGCAGAGAAAGAGCAUGUAGUCAAGCUUGUUUUCAAACAGGCAUCUCAACUAUUUGCUUACAAGCAGUGGUUUCAACUUAUGCAACUAGAGAAUCUCUGCUAUCAGAUUAAAAACAACAAAGGCCAGCCAAUUUCAACUCUUUUUCCUGUCAUGUUGCCCUGGGUGCCUCAGAAGACCAGAAAAUUGCGGAAGAAUUGGCAGAAAGCCGCCAGGGGAAAAAGGGCCAAGAGGGGACGUCCUAGAAGUGACAUAAGCAGAUAUGCAGUAGUUUUUGCAUUAGGAUUGAGUCUUGUUGGUGCUGGUUUACUCUUGGGAUGGACUGUUGGGUGGAUGUUACCGACAUUUUGAGUAUACGGGGUGGUGUGGUAUAUCCAAUUUUUCCUUCUUGGUGAGUCAAUGUGAUGAUUGGUUUACGCUAGGGUUGAUUGCAUGACAUUUCACCUCCUGCUGUAUCUAUCCAUGUAUUUAGGGUACUCAUCUUUAGCUUUGAUGAACUCUUGCAGAGUUUGUGCACGUGAAUUGAUGGAUGUUCCGUGUAUAUAUGUAUAGAUGAGCAUAUUCUGCCUUGUCAUGUUUGUGUUGCUUUAGGUCUGCUUCUUUCGACGGAUUAAUUCUCAAUUAUGUGCCAGAAAUGAGCCUGAGAGUAGUUUUUUGGGCUAUAAGAAAGUGUCACGGAAACGCUCGUUUGCCU